CGGAAAGCAUUUAUUCGAUCACGAGGGAAAGCGGGUUAGUGGAGCAACACCAUGUCAGCCACGUUCCCGGGUCUGGUCCAUGAUGCCGAGAUUUAGAGUAAAAAUCGUUGUGAUGCAUCUCCAGAAAGCAGAGCUUCACGUAGGCUAGAUACGUCAUGACGGGUCCAACAGUUACCGUCUGAUGCAGCUCGGCUGCCUCGAGAGCGUUGCCAACUCCUCCGUGGCCUACAGCUCAUCCUCGCCGCUCACAGCGUACCCUGCGGCGGGCACCGAGUUCGCAUCGCCCUACUUUUCUACCAACCACCAGUAUACCCCCCUACACCACCAGUCGUUCCACUAUGACUUCCAGCACUCCCACCCCGCGGUGGGCCCGGAGGCGUAUGGCCUCAACUCUCUCCACUCUGGGCAGUACUACCAGCAAAUUCACCACGCGACCCACGGAGACACAGACUUCAUCAACCUGCACAGUGCCCGUGCACUCAAAUCCUCGUGUCUGGACGAGCAGCAGCGGCGCGAGCUGGGCUGCCUGGACGCCUACAGGCGCCAUGACCUGUCUUUGAUGACGUCACAUGGCGGGCAGUACGGCAUGCACCACGACCAGAGGCUGCUGCCGGCUGCUGGUCUAGGGCUCCCUCCCCCUGGGGCGGAUGACCUGCAGGGCUCGGUGGAAGCACAAUGCGGGCUCGUGCUGAACGGCCAAGGAGGUGUCAUCCGAAGAGGAGGAACCUGCGUGGUGAACCCCACAGAUCUGUUCUGCUCUGUCCCUGGGCGUCUGUCCCUGCUCAGCUCAACCUCCAAAUAUAAAGUCACCAUCGCUGAGGUGAAGAGACGCCUCUCUCCCCCAGAGUGUCUCAAUGCCUCAUUACUAGGAGGAAUUCUCCGCAGAGCCAAGUCUAAGAAUGGUGGUCGUUGUCUGAGAGAGAAGUUAGAUCGUCUGGGACUCAAUCUGCCGGCUGGACGAAGGAAAGCUGCCAAUGUCACACUGCUCACCUCGCUGGUAGAAGGUGAGGCGCUCCAUUUGGCCAGAGACUUUGGGUACACGUGUGAGACAGAGUUUCCUACUAAGGCUGUAGGGGAGCAUCUGGCCCGGCAACACAACGAACCCAAGGAGACCAGCGCACGGAAGAAGAUGGUGUUGGCCACAAAGCAGAUCUGUAAGGAGUUCCAGGACCUGUUGAGUCAGGAUCGCUCUCCUCUGGGCUCUUCUAGACCCACCCACAUACUGGAUCUGGACAUACAAAGACAUCUCACACACUUCAGCCUGAUCACCCACGGCUUUGGCACUCCUGCUGUGUGUGCAGCUCUCAGCACCUUCCAGACUGUCCUCAGUGAGAUGCUCAACUUCCUGGAUAAAAAUUCUGCUGCAGGGAACCCUGGGAAAACCUCUGGUCAGGAGUCAGAAAAGACCGGGACUGUCCGAAAAACUAGCGAACCCCUGAAUAAAGAUGGAAAAGCUGAAAAGACAGAGUAGCUCCUCCCCUGUGCCUUGGAGCAGUGUGUGUGUGUGUGUGUGUGUCAGGGUUUUGAUCCCUGUAAGGAGAAGCUAAUCUCCAUGGAGAUGAACAGAGACUUUUAUUUAUUCUGAUCAACAGGAAGUAGAGACAUGGACUUCCUGUCACCGCCAUCUGGGAGCCAACAGAAGAGGAGCGAGGCACACAGACACACACACACACACGGCCACUCAAGCCAACAUACACAUAAACACACACACACACACACACAUACAGUUGGUUUCCCCUCCUCCAGAGUCCACCUAAACAGUGCAAUUAUUGCCAUCAGUAAUUUUACCAUUGUGUGUGUGUGUGUUUGUGCACAAGUGCGUGUGUGUGUGUGUGAGUGCGCGUGCAAGUGUGUAUGUGUGUUUGAGUCCCAAUUUCAGAGACUCAGCCAUUUUGUAACGGUGACUAUUUAGUUGCCAUAGAAACAGUUUGUUGUGCAUGUCUCUCUUUGUACACUGCCCAGAACAAUGUUUCUGACUCAAGCUCUUUGCCAUUCAUAAACAUUUGUAUAGAUAUAUAUAAAUAUUUAAAUAACUUUUCUUGUAGGCUUUGAACUAUAU